UUAUAGAUACGGAUUUUACCUAAUCUUUCCAUAGUGUGAAUAUUCCCCUUGUUAAUACGCGGACAGAACACAUCUCGAGGAACACAUUGACGCAGAAAUAAUUAAAAGACAUGGACGAACGUUCCCGUACGAUCCUAAGGAAAGGCCGCACUAUUUUAAUCAAAGGACUAUGUGAUAUCCCUGGUAUAUGUGAUAAAUUGUUCGCAUAUGGAGUGCUGUCAGAGGGUAUGAUGUCAGAAAUUACGUGUGAACAUACUAGAGAACAACAAGCUCGAGCACUUCUGGAUAUACUUCCACGUAGAGGUCAAUCAGCUUACGAUUUUUUUCACCAAGCACUUGUAGAAACGCACCAGCAAGAACUCGCCGAUGUCCUUAAGCCUGAAUUUGCAAGCAGACCAGAAUUGUCAAAAGCUAAAACAGUAGAAGAAGCACCACAGCGUUACGACAGGACAACAUUACAUCAUGCUGCAUCUGUUGGUUCGCCAAUAACUGAUCCUCAAUCAUUAUUUCUAGUAGGAAGCAUUGAUAUACAUUCUACAGACACUGUUCCUCCAUUUACUCCAGAGACUGUAGAACCAAUGAAAAUCAAAAUGCAAAAAUGCAACAGACAACUGAUUCAACCGGAUUGUUACAGCAUGGACAGUAAACCAAGAGGAAAACUCAUAAUCAUUAACAUAAUGUCAUUCGAUAACCAUGGUAUUCCAACACGUGACAAACAGGCGCAUGAUCUGUCAGCAUCAAGUUUAACGCUGUUAUUCCAACAGCUUAGAUUCAAAGUUGUGCUAAAAACAAAUAUUAAUACAAUGGAAUUAUUAAGUCUGAUAAAGGCAGAACAAACCAGUGCUGAAACUUACGACUGUUUUGCUAUGGUUAUUUUAUCUCAUGGACUUGGUGAUCUGAUAUUCAUGAAGGAUGGAGAACCUUUGAAAAUGCAAAAUAUAAUAGAUCAGUUUGAUACUGAAAAUUGUCCAAAACUGAAGGGGAAGCCAAAGCUUUUCUUCAUUCAUGCAUGCCCGUCAGACUGUGGAGAACCAGAAAAUACUGAUAUGAGCAAUAUAUUUCCACGUAUUCACGAAGACCAUCAUACUCUUACUAAAGCAGAUAUUUUCUUAGCGAGGGCUACUAAAUACGACCCCAUCGUUUCUAAUACGGAAUCCAAGGGUUUCUGGUUCAUCCAAGCGUUUGUACACAUAAUGAAGUACCAUGCACAUCACAAUCAUCUGUUAGAUAUAAUGACAAAGGUGAAUGGAUUAGCACAAGAAGAUGAUCAACUUGUUGACAGUAUGAAUACAUUGACUAGACCCUUAUACUUCUUCCCAGACUAGAUCCUUAUACUUCUUCCCAGACUAAUGUAUAUUGACUAUGGAGAAUUUGUCAAAUGGAAUGAAUGUUGUCAUUUUCUAUGUAUAUUUUAGUAGAUAAGCUGAACAAUUGUGAAAUGUAUAUUUAUUUUAUCAUUGUUUUGACUUGUAGACUAUAUAAUUAUGUUUUCAAAUUAAUUAGAUUUUUUUUGCUG